AUGCUUCGGCGCUCAGCUUUCUUUUUGGCUCAACUCUCACAUCCAUGUGUGACUACUGGAAAAACCAUAGCUUUGACUAUAGGGAGCUCUGUGGGCAAAGUAAUGUCUCUGCUAUUUACAUGGACAGAAACCAUAUGCAUGUUCAGGCCUCACUAGAUGUGUCAUGACGUGCCACUGGUGCUCAGAAUGGAUGAACGAGUAAAUAUAAAUAUGACCCUCAUGACCCACGUGGCAAUGAGUCAGGAGCUUGGCUCAUCACUGUUAACAGGUUGCUGUCAGGGACUGAACUGUGUCUCCCCCAAAUCUCAUGUUGAAGCCCUGACUCCCAGCACUUCAGAAUGUGACGGUAUUUGGAGAUAGGGUCUUUAAAGAGCUGAUUAAGGUAAAAUGAGGUUCAAGGGAUGGACCCUAAUCCCAAAGAACUGGUGACCUUAUACAGAGAGGAGAUUAGGACAGAGACAGGUGGAAAGUCCAAAUAAGAACACAAGAAGGUGAUCAUGUGCAAGCCAAGUAGAAAGGUCUCAGGUGAAACCAGACCUGUUGAUACCUUGAUCUUGAACUUCCAGCCUUCAGAACUGCAAAAAAAUUAAUUUCAGCUAUUUUGUUAUGCAACCUUAGCAAACUAACACACCUGUGAGUCUCUCUCCAGACCUACUGCAGAUGUGAUGCACCAUCAUGGAUAGCCAGCAGUUCCCAUUCCCGUAUCAUAGAAGCCAGACAGGAAUUGUUCUCAGUGUGUUCCAUGAUGCUUUAAAAUCCAAAGUGUAUCCAUGGGACCAGCUCAGCUGUAAGAAAGCCCUUUAUGAGGUCAUCACCCUACUCUGGCCAGAGGGAGACAGGCAAGUUUUGAAAAACUCUUGAAGACCUCCCAUGCCUCACUUUGCAAAACCUCUUUUGAGAAACAUCAUUACCAGAAAUCUAUUCAAUAGCAUCCAAAAGAAGCAAUGUCUCCAGUAUUUGCAAACACUGAGAACACUGCAAUACGAUGGGUUUACAACAGUAUAUUUUGGGGAAACUGAUAUCCCUGAGAGUCUUGUAACUGGGGAAGAUUUUAGUGAUGGUUAUUACAUGCCGACUCCAACCUGGUGUGUUGUGCAUGCUGGUGGUAGUGAAGGAUGGGCGCCGUGGAAAUAUCGAAUGUUCCUAAGGGAUGAGUUAUGCGUCAGACAGGAAGACAACCUCUUCUUCGAGUUCUGUGAUGUGGUGAAGAAGGCCUAUGGCAAGUGCGCCAUUGUGGUCAAAGAGAGAAGGCAGCAGGAUGAGACGAGGCCGAAGGAGGGCGAAGAGACUGAGGCCCAGGCCCAUGUCCCUUCGGUGGUUAACUUAACAAGCGUCACAUGUUGUCCUGAGGUAGCCAAGUCCUACGGCCAUAAACUACUCACUCUGCCUUCUCCUUACAAUUACCUGAACCCUUUAGACUCAGCCUGGUCUUCUCUGAAAUGGUUCAUCAUCAAUAACAGGAAGGAGUUUUGUUUUCAGUCUGUAGAUGGUGUCUAUUCUUACCAGUAUAUACUCUUCAGUGAUUUAAUCAGCAAAGGAAUUGAAAGGAUAAACCUCAGCAAAUGGAGGACAAUAACUAACAAAGUACGAAGAUGGGAAAAUUACUAUCUUGGUAAACUUUCUUAAGGGUGGUGAUCCCUCCAACCAGUGGUAGGACGGUGCUGUGGGCAUGAUCUUUACCGAUUCUGUUGGCCUUGAUUCUGGACCACUGUGGCCAAAGACACUCUAAUAAUGACCUCACAGGGAUCCUGUGAGAACUGAGGUUCCUAAGGGCUUUGGUAAAGUGCUUAUGGGUUGAGGGGUUUCAUUAAAUCUUGUUGGUGAAUUAGUAAUCUUGACUCUCAUUCUUGUCAAGGCCACUUUGAGGGCUGAAUCCUUUGGGAGGAUUCAGGUUAACCCAGUCCAAAGGAGCCUGGUGGUCAGUUGAGGUGAACAGAGCUGAAGGUUGUAUGGUCAAAAUUUAGGUCUGGGAGAAAAAGAGAACCGAGUGUGUGGUCACAAAAAGUUGAAAUUAACUAGUGUGCCUACCGGUUUCAGUCCACCAGAGUAACCACGGGGAGGCAGUUUACCAUCGACAGUUGUGGUCUAGAUGGUGGCUGAACUGGCUUUUUCCUCCCAUUGCUUGAAAGCGAGGAGGCAGAGGGGUGAGCAAGAGACACCCAAGGAAGUGAAAUCCCAUGCAGAUCCUCCAAGGCAACUUGGUGAUCCCCAUGAGGAACCUGGGAAGCUAUGACAGUAGUUGGUUCAAGUAGGACUUGGUGGGCAACCAGGUGACAUAAACAAGAGUGUCUACAGCACCUACUUAUCCAAUUCAUCUCCUAUUCCAACUGCAAGAGUCCAAACAGUUCAGUUCAGUUCAGUCACUCAGUCAUGUCCAACUCUUUGCCACCCCAUGGACUGCAUGAAUUUACUCAAACUCAUGUCCAUUGAGUUGGUGAUGCCAUCCAACUAUUUCAUCCUCUG